GAGAGACAGAGACACGGGACUGGCUGGGGAGACGGAGGCACCAUGAAGUGGCCCCUGGUCGCAGCGUUCAUCUCCCUCUUGCCUGUGACGUCUGCUGUGAAGCUGCAGCUCUUCCUGCCGGAGAGUGUGGAUGUGACGGAGGGAGAGAGCGUGACUCUUCCCUGCUCAUUCUCCUCACCACCGACCGUCUCAAGUGCCCUCUACAUCACGUGGCUCACAAUGCCCACAGGCUACAUAAUCUAUGACUCGCAUCUUGGUAAUCUCUGGCUUGGAAGAGCUGAGUUUGCGGGAGAAAAGGAAAAGGGCGACUGCUCCCUCAGGCUCCUCAAUGUCGCCACGACCCUCAGCCCCGUGUUUCAGUGCGAUGUCAUAUGUACCAGCUGCGGGAUGAAAGAUUGGAAGGUGGAACGAGAGGUGAAGCUGAACGUGACGGCUGCAGCUCCACGGUCAGGCGGGGAGACCUCGCCCACACCACGUGUCCACUCCAGGUGGAAGACGGCGGUGGCGGGGGGCUUGAUCCUGGGAGUUGUGGCUGCCAUCGUCGUCUACUUAAUUUAUCGUCGCUCGCGCAGUGGCGAUGGGCAAGCAGACGUGCACGGUGAUGUGGAGAAGAAUGGGCAUCCACUGAUGGAGGUGAAUGAAGACAAGGGGGGAAACGGAGACAAAGGCACGGACACCGUUUGAAGAAAUCUUCUGUGGGCUCCCCUGUGACCACCCUGGCCGGCACGUAGAGCCGCUCUUACCCACAGUGCCAUGCGGGAGUGCAGUGCUGUCUGUGGUUCAUGAGCUGAUUGUUGACAGACCUUGCUUUUAUCAUCUCUCUUCCUCUCUGUGACUCUCCACACUCCUCUUUGGCCACUUCAAAUCUCUCACCGCUAAAUUCCACACGAUCCAGAAUCGUACUGCUGCCUCCCAUCACAGCUUCUGUAAAUUAAACUUCAUCAUCCCAAUCCUCAGAUUCCCCCACUGGCUCCGAAUCCGGUCCCCAAUCGACUGAGACAUCGCACUCUGCACCGACACGAUCCUCCAUAGACUUUCCGCUACCUCUCGUCUCUCUGUUCAGGGGGUCCCCAAUAUAGGUCAGGGUUAUUGACAGAAAUGUUGCGACUUAUAAUGAAACGAUGUAUAGCAGGGACUUUUCCCUCAUAGUAAUACUACUCCGUGUUAAUGGAGGGAAGAUGGGGACCGUAAGAGCGUAAACAUUGCCUAUGCGACACAAAGUGGAGCAGUUUCUCCCAUAAGAAACAAUGGAAUAAGGUAGGGAUAGGGACCGUACCUUAGGGAAAUGUUGUUUCAUUCCUAGCAACCAAAAUACGUACUUUACAUGUACAGACAACUACAUACUCUAUGUGUACAGAACUUUACAACACAAUGUACACACAUUUAUAACCAAUUAUGAGUUCAACAAUUGUUAAACAGCAUUUAAACUUAUCAAGCACUUUAUUGAAAACCAGUUUAUUAGCAUUUCGAAGCAGCCCUCUACACUUUAAACCGUUUUCCUUUUCUUAACAGAAAAAUAAUUUGGGACAUUUUUAUGCAAAGACUCGGGCAGAAAACAAUUUUUAGUGGAAAAAAGCACUAAAUCAUGAACAGCUUUUUAAAAAGAUGUUAACUUAACCUAUAUUGUUUAUGAAAUGUUACGUUACGUUCCUCAAAAUAUCAGCGACGUGAGUGCGAAACAAGGUAGGGUGUGUGUAUAUCGAGACUAUGAACAUCAGGGAGCCCCUGCACUCCCCACCACGUGUUCUCCACUCAAGCAAACAAGCCAUUCUGUCAAAACCCUCAGUCAACCCCUCAAUGUCUGUUCGCUUAUUCUCACCCAAUCAUUCAACGAGGCUCCAUGAGUCGCAAGACACUUUGUACACGUGGGAGGUAACUGGAGUAACCUUUAAUUCACACACAUGGGAGUCAGUCCCACUUGCCCCACUACCUUUUCCUUGCCACUUCAUAGCCCAGUGGGUUCAGGGGAAUCUCACAAAUCUGUGAUUCGUGAAUCCUCAACUCCAUGGCACCCCGCCGCUCUCACCGCAGAUUCCCCCUGCUCACGUCCAGGCUCCAGACGUUUCCAUCUUUCCAUCUGUGUCUCUCCUCGCCUGGGCUGCACCACCGCUGUCUUCCAUCUCCCGAGAGGUCCAUGCAGAUUCCCUACAGCCGCUUCCUUAUCCACUGAAUGUGUCAGCAUUGUGUCUGUGUGUGAACCUGAGUGGGUGUGUGAGUUGUGUGUUUGCUUGUGUAUGUGUGAGCCAGAGGGGGUGGUAUUGGAGUGUGGUUGUGGUGUAAUAACAGUUGUGUGUGUGGUGUUAAGGGAUCAGAAUCUGUGUGCAUUGCCCACACUAUGCACGAGUCUGACGACUCAAGAGGUUCUCACACUGGGACUGUUUGGCACAUUCUUUAUUGACCAUUGGGAGGUGUGGGUCAAGAGGAGUGGUUGAACCUAUGGGCCAUAGCCCAUGGCAAUCCACGAGGCUGUGGGAAUUGCUCUGCAGAACGAGUUAAGACCCCGCGAUGUUACUCACAAAGCCAUCUUUUUUUACUGCAAGUUCUCCGUCACGUUUGUUUAGAGGGUUGGCAGUGAACGUGGGUCCGGAAAGGUUGGGAACCACUGGUCUUAGAAGAUGCAUAUUUUCAGUGAGAGUAAGACAUUGGUAUAGAAGCCUCAUGCAUGAAAUAAUUAGUGUUGGGAAAAUGUUGCCUUUAUGGUGCAGAUUUUAUGUAUUUACGGUUGUAAAUAUUGUUUUAUGAAAUCUCUAUAUUGCAAACAUUGGCUGUUUUUUUGAGCAUGUAAACUUAUGGUAUACAUGUUUGCUAUGAGAAAACAUUGGUGUAAAACCACUCGUAUUUUCUAUUUUUAUAGACAUGAACCUUAGGUCAAAAUCGUAAUUAAUCAAUUAUUUAUUGGCGACUCCGUCCCACCGCGCACACAAACGCCGCGACCCGCCUGGCGCGGAUCGUUCUGUUGUCAUGUCCUGUCCAAGCGCAGCAGCGAGGACGAAUAAGCAGAAGAGCUAAACAAUCGAAUGCACUCCUUUUACAACAUGAACAGCGCAUUGAAAACGCGUACUAUUUAAUGUACUGUUUACAAAGUGUGUUCACAAAUCCACACUGAGAAACACGAUGAUUGACAGAGGGGUAUAAAUUAUUGUUUCGCUAGUGUAUUUAAAUAGAGGUACUGCAGGUUAGUCGUUUUCAGGUGACAAAGAGCAAAGUUUUACACCAUUGGAACCUCAUUUGCCAGUAAAAAUAUGAUAAUUGUUUUUUACCCUUCGAUCUGGCAACAAAACCGACACCUUUUUAAUUUAGAUAAUAUAAUAUUUAUGCAAGAGCUGGGGGCUUAUGGGACCCCGGGGUCCACCAUGAGGUUCAA